GGAGCGACAGUCAAGAAAAGCAUAGACUUCAACAGAUCAAGCUUUCUAGAAGAAUAUAAUUUCAGUCCUGCAGAAAAGGAAACACUAAUGAAAAUUGCUAUUCCUGAAAUUCUCGAAAUCUGGCUGGAGGAGUCUGCCGAAGACUUUCGUCAAGUUCCAACUUACUCUUGUCUCCGGAAGGUACUUUCCUACUUGAACCAAACAGUGCCAGGGUCAGAUGCUGAACAUCGGGCCCAGAAACUCCUGAGUCGGUUUUUGGCGGAGGAAACAGCGGAGAAAGAGAUGUUCAAAGGCUACCGUAGAAGAGUCAGAUUCUAUGUGGGAGAAGAACACGACCAAACCAUCGAACAAGUUGACGAAAAGCUCCUGUCCUACCCAUCACGCUUCAUUGCAGAGCAGCUGACUUUUAUGGAUGCUGAUCUUUUUCGGAAACUUGUGCCCAGCCAAUGUUUAGGGUCCAUCUGGUCUCAACGAGGGAAGGAAGAAAAACAGCAUCUGGUAUCAACCGUCCAGGCCACCAUGACACAGUUCAAUAAUGUUACAAAAUGUGUCACCAGCACCAUAUUAAGACCUCAACAGUUGAAACCAUGGCAGACGGCUAAAAUCAUUGAGAAAUGGAUUGAUGUUGCCCAGGAAUGUAGGACUUUGCAGAAUUUCUCGUCAGCGCAUGCAAUUACCACGGCAUUGCAAUCGAAUAGUGUGUUCAAUUUGAAGAAGACUUGGGCAGCCGUGUCAAAGAGCAGUAAGACAACAUUUGAAGACCUUUCAAACAAUGAAGAAGAUAACUUUAUAGCAAGUAGAGAGCUGCUAAUGGAGGAUAUCGUUCAGGGAAUUGUGCCGUACCUGGGAACUUUCUUAACAGAAUUUUCAGCGCUGGAUUCGGCUUUCCCGAAUUACCAUUCAAAUGGCUUGAUCAACUUUGACAAGAGACAAAAAGAAUAUGAAAUAAUUUUGGGUAUCAAAUCCCUGCAGUUUGCUUGCUCAUCUUACACCCUUCGUCCAAACGAGAAUUUUCUAGACUUGUUCUUUAUGCAACAAUACUUAAGUGAGGAUAGCGAGUACGUAACUGGUAUUGUAGGAGUGUGCAGCUCCUCUGAACUCGAGAAACCGCCAAAGCUCAAAAAGAGUGUGUUUAAACGCCUCAGCUGCCUGUUUUCAAAGAGAGGUGUUAAAAUACACAACACUCAAACUAAAAGCUCUGAGCAGCGAGCAUCCCUUCAGAAUGAGGAUUCAGACGACAGCAUUACCGCAGCCAGCAUUUUAUCCGAUUCCAGCCACUUGGAAAUGGAAGAGCCGAGCACUUCGCAAAAAGCGCCGGAAAAGCCAUUAAAAUCCGUGGAUCCUGCCUCCUCUGGAGGUUUAUCCAACAGUGGUGCAUCAGCAAAACCAAAUUAUGACACAGCCAAGUCUGGGAGGCGUGCAGGUUUGGGCAGCUGCUGGUGUGCAACACGUCGGAGGGACAACCGCCAGAAUGAGAAAAGCUGCCUCAUCCGAGUCAGAUUAGAGGAGGACAGAGCACAAGAAUUCAAAACUAUUUUGUGCUCAUACUUCCGGCCAAUGCCAUCCUGUAUUACGCAAUGAACAAGGAAGUGAGUCACGACUUCAUCCUGAGAUUCACCGAAAGAAGAUCUUCAUGUCUAUGCAAGUUUUAGCUGCAAUGUUCGAGCCUCCUUCCCAAUGUGAAUCAAUGAGCUCUGGUGAGGAAGGGCGUUAGAGAGCUCACCGCCCUGAUUUUUGAGAGGUCGUAUGUAUUUUAUUUCCUUCUCCUCCUGUAAAUCGCUUGGUGCUCGACAUAGGAUUCACUAAUUAGACAUUUACACAUAACCACUUUAAAAUUAAAAUGGUUCAACAUCGAGGCUAUGCCAACAAUACCAGCCACAGAUAGAAGAGAAAAUCAUCUGAGUUCUUUGUCUAAGUUUGUUUCUAAAAAUAGUGUUCAA